GUUUCAAUCCCGCUCAAACCCUUCACUAUCUCUCAUCUCUCUCGCUACAGUUGGUAACUCCAUUUCUCUCUAGAUUCAUCUCAUCUAAUCCACACCGUUGCUGGUUCCAUUUUGCUGUCUUCCUCCACUCUCAACGAUCCAAUCCAUUGAUUCACGACGGCAUGACCGUUUUCCCCCUUUCUUUCUCACUCUAGCAACAUCAAUUUUGAAAACCCUAGAAAAUAUUUUGCUGUACAUUCAUGGAUAAUUUCCACAUAUACGAAGCCAUCGGCCAAGGAAAAUACUCCACUGUAUAUAAAGGGAGGAAGAAGAAAAGCGUUGAAUACUUCGCAAUCAAAAGCGUUGAUAAAUCUCAUAAGAGCAAGGUUCUUCAGGAAGUUAGAAUUCUUCACUCUUUGGAUCAUUCUAAUGUACUCAAAUUUUAUGCUUGGUAUGAGACUUCUGCUCAUUUGUGGUUGAUUUUAGAAUACUGUGUUGGUGGUGACCUCCGGACAUUACUGGAGCAGGACAAUAAACUUCCAGAAGAUUCUGUACAUGAUCUUGCACGUGAUCUUGUUAGAGGUUUAAGUUAUCUACACUCCAAGGGAAUCAUCUACUGUGACUUGAAACCAUCAAACAUUUUAUUAGAUGAAAAUGGUCGUACAAAGCUUUGUGAUUUUGGGUUAUCCAGAAAAUUGAGCGACAUAUCUAAAACACCUUCUUCCCUUCUACCACAAGCAAAGAGGGGCACUCCAUGCUACAUGGCUCCUGAGUUGUUCCAUGAUGGUGGAGUGCAUUCAUAUGCUUCUGAUUUAUGGGCACUUGGUUGUGUUCUGUAUGAAUGUUAUUCUGGUAGACCACCUUUCAUUGGGAAGGAAUUCACACAAUUAGUAAAAUCAAUCCUCACUGAUCCAACUCCAUCUCUCCCAGGCAAUCCCAGCCGUACAUUUGCUAAUCUUGUCAGUUCUCUUUUAAUCAAAGAUCCCACUGAUCGAAUCCAAUGGUCAGAAAUCACCACUCAUGCCUACUGGAGAACACACCUUAGUCCAGUCUCUUUACCUCCUCAACCUGCUUUCGAUAACAUGAUACAGCUUUCUUAUAAGCCUUCUUGCCUCACAGAACGAGAACGCAAUCUUCAAAACAAAACCCCACCAAGAAACCGCGAUAACUCUUCUAAACUCAAUGAAACACCCAAAAACCGGAAGAUUCAAUCCAAGCAGAAAGAUGUUUCGAGUAAUACAAAGGGUGUGAAUCUGUUACGCCUUUCCAGGAUAGCAAAAUCGAAUUUACAGAGGGAAAACGAGAAGGAGAAUUACCGUAGGCCAUUGCCGAAUAACUCUGAACAUGACACCGAUGUUAAAAUUGAAAACACGGAUAUGGAGCUUGAUUUUAACGAGAAUACAGAGGACGAUACACAAGACGAGAACGAACUUCCUGCUACGCCUAGUCGUAACCUUACCGUUGAUGAGAAUUUAUCAACGCCAGAUCCGGAAGAGAGAAUAAUACAUGAAAUUGAUGCGUCACCUUUGAUUAACACAGACGAAUCAAGAAGAACUGAUCAUGAAUCGGAAUCCUCAGUGCCUGCGACUCCACCGACUGCUUCACCUCAGCCCAAAACUCAAAGAAUAAUCGAAGAUUCAGGUGGUGUGGUUAGCCUAUCACAGGUGGUUUGGCAUUCAUCUGACCUAUCGGUGCGACCUGUGAUGCCGAGUAAAAAGUCCGACAAACAGUCAGAUGUCCUCCCGUCUCUUCCGUUUGACGCGAUUCCAGCUUCCGAUCUCGUGAAAUUACCAAAAGACCAGUUAGAUGUCGUCACCAAAUCAAUCGUAACUAUCCUAAAUGGAAACACCACGAUCGGUGAGAAGCAGAACGUGAUUAGAUACCUUGAGAUGUUAAGCACAAAUGUCGAAGCUGCCAAUAUUUUGACAAACGGAUCAAUAAUGCCGGUUCUUGUGAAAAUGCUCCGGCAAUCAAAGGCUUCUGCUUUGCGUGUUCAGCUUGCUUCACUUCUUGGCUUGCUAAUACGCCAUUCUACUUAUAUCGAGGAUGAAUUGUCGAAUUCUGGUAUAUUGGGUGCGUUGAAUGAAGGUUUGGUAGAUAGGCAAGAAAAGGUUAGAAGAUUCUCCAUGGCUGCUUUGGGGGAGUUGUUGUUUUACAUAUCUACUCAAAACGACCAAUCCAAACCAACAAUCCCGCCGGAAAGCCCGUCUAAGGAAACCAAAUCCUCAUCAGGGUGGCAGGUGCCGAGUACAUUGAUUUCACUGGUGACGUCACUUUUACGUAAGGGAGAAGACGACAUAACUCAGCUUUACGCAUUACGAACUAUAGAAAAUAUCUCAAGUCAAGGAGGCUACUGGUCAACUCGUUUCACCAGCGCAGACGUUAUCAAUAACCUCUGCUACAUAUUCCGAGCUUCCGGAAAACAAGAAGCCAUCCGACUCACUGCCGGAUCAUGUUUAGUGCGAUUAGUCCGUUUUACCCCUCCCACCAUCCAGCAAGUAAUGGAAAAACUCACAUUCAAAGAAAUGGCCGGAGCCAUCUCAAAAGGAAACCCUAAAGAACAACAAAUCUGCUUAAACCUUCUAAACAUGGCGGUGCUUGGCGGCAAUUUCUUCCCUAACAUCGGCCGCCACCUUCUCCCGCUGGUGGAGGACAAAAAUUUAGUCCCGAAUCUUAUCUCGUUGAUUGAACACGGCGGUGAGGUUUUGAGAGGGAAAACCCUAGUUUUUGUGACGUUGCUUUGUAAGAACAGGAAGCGGUGGUUAGGGCAGUUUUUCUUGAACGGGAAAUUAAUGUCGACUGUGGAUAGGCUGGUGGUGAAGGAGAAGGGCGUUUAUUUGCAGCAGUGUUUGGAGGCGUUUUUGUUUGGUGUGGUGGCUGUGAUUCCGGGGUUACUUGAGACUGUAAUUUCCGAUGUUCAGCAACUGAUGGGAGGGGGAGGUGGAGGGAGACGUCAUACGCUGGUUACUGCUUUGACUGUCGUGAAUGCGGAGGUUCUUCAGCAACUUAAAGUUUUAAUCAAAUUGGUGGAAUCGCCGUUUCAGGGAAGGGAUGAUUUCCUGAUAACCCUUUUAAGGGUACUUGAAACAGUGACAGAAGAAGCCUCUUUCAUUGAGGAAAACCACUCGGAUUUUGUCCAUGAAAUACUUCCAAGUCUCUCCAUUGUUUGCAAAGCAAGCAAAGAUGGAGACGCAAGAUUCUUAUGCUUGAAGAUAUGGUUUGAAGUGGUGGUGAGUUUGUUAAACGAAUCAUCAUCAUCAUCAUCAUCAUCAUCAUCUCAUGAUAACAAUGGAAAAAGAGAGGAAUUGAAACAAAUAUGCCAUCAUCAUUUCCUCCCUCUGUAUCCACAGCUAAUGGAAGAUGAAGAUCCAAUUCCGAUAUAUGCACAAAAACUAGUCGAGAUGCUGGUAGAAUUCAAGAUCAUCACACAGCAAUGAAUCUUCUUCUUUUUGGAUUUAUCUUCCAAAUGAUUUGUAUGCUAUAUACGUUGUGCACACUCAAUUGUUUUCUCAACACAAAGAAACUCUAUGCUUAUGUUCAUUUCAAUUGUACCUCUAGUUGUGCCCCAUCAAUGUUAUCACUAUGAGUUUUGAUGAAACUACAUUAGUCUAUACUUAUAGUAAAUAAUGGAGAUUGAG